AUGGCCGACCCGUUUAAGGUCCGGACUUUGAAACGCAAUAACGUCAAAGGUCUUGACCUCAACGCGGCCCUAAGCUCGCUGCGUCCGAGGGCGAUGCUCAGGUCCCUGGAGGCAUCGGGAACAGCGAGAGCAGCAGUACAGACACCCUCGAGAUUGGCUUGGAGUUCCGCCUCGAUCUUCGCAAUUAUCCGUGUCGAGGCCAAAGAAAACGUGCGGAAACAGAUUCUACGAGAACUCCGAGUGGGACAUGACUGCAACUGUCCCAAUAUUGUCAUCUUUUACGCUCUUGAUCGCGUUUCCGAAGAUUUCGGUCCUGUGCGAGUCGAUAUAGUAGAAAAAAUCACCGAGUCUGUCCUGGUUGGUGUUGUCUACCUCUACGAGGCCCACCGCAUCAUGCACCGUGAUAUGGAACCCUCCAAUAUUUUGGUCAACUCCCGCGGCAACAUCAAGCUUGGUGAUUUCGGUGUCGCUACUGAGACCGUCGACUCCUUUGCCGAUACAUUUGUUGGCACUUCCACCUACAUGGCCCCCGAGCGAAUUCAGGACGGAGCCUACACGCACCCUCCUAUCAGCAAGUCAAGCCACACUCCGCAGCAGUCACCAUAUACCUCAAACUCAGGCGACAUUUCUCUAAAGAUUGCCAACGAUUUUUCCAACUCCCCAUCCUAUAAUUCUCAGGCCCAGCCCCAGCCUCAGUUCUCUCCCUAUUACUCAUCGUCUCGCUCCACGCAUUCUCCGCCCCCUCCCUCCCUGGAGCACCUCUUACUGGAAACCAACGAUGACGACGAUAUCCGCUCCGGUCACCGCCAGAUGCGCCAGCACCUCGGUGAUCCCACUUCUGCGGUUGAUGCCCCAUCCCGCCCAUUCAUGAGUCGAUGCUCCGCGAGCUCCAACAACACCAAUUCCCGCACAAACCUGCACUCCGCGAUGUUGCCCUUACGCACCGCUUCCCCUAAUGGACCACCUCCUCUCCCGCCUGUUUCAGCAGGCGGAAACUGGCGUAGUCAACCAGGUGCCACGUCUCGGUAA